AUGGCAACCUCCCAGCCGUCUACCGUACUCGGAAACGAUGUCGAGUCUGACGCAACGACUGUAAACAGCCAUACCAAGACGGAAGCAGUAGCUGUCGAAUCACCAAAGCUCGCCGGACCCCCUCCACCACCCAACGGAGGCACCAGAGCAUGGCUCCAAGUCCUCGGGGCUUUUUUCCUGAACUUCAACACUUGGGGUCUCCUGAAUGCUUUUGGCACGUUCCAGUCUGAAUAUAGUACAGGCUUGCUGAGGGGUUCGUCUCAGUCUUUGAUGUCUUGGAUUGGAUCGCUGCAGGCGUUUCUGAUGCUGGUUAUUGGAGUUUUGUGUGGACGCGCUCUUGAUGCUGGGUAUUUCUACGUGGAUAUUACACUGGGUGUCUUCCUUCAGGUAUUUGGCAUGAUAAUGACCUCGAUUUGCAAGAAGUAUUGGCAGGUUAUCCUGGCUCAGGGUGUAUGUGUCGGCAUCGGCGCUGGAAUGUCCUUCAUCCCCAGUGUUGCAAUCGUGGGUACAUAUUUCUCAACGCGACGAUCCACUGCGCUAGGUCUGGCUGCCACGGGCUCAAGCGUCGGAGGCAUCAUCUACCCCAUCGUACUAAGGCAUCUUAUUGUCCAAAUCGGACUACCCUGGGCAGUCCGAGUCAUGGCCUUCAUCAUGUUGGGAACACUUCUGGUCUCAGUCGCAGUAAUGAAGCCUCGCCUUCCACCUCGCAAAUCAGGUCCGUUGAUCCACAUCGAAUCGCUCCGGGAUACGGUCUUCGUCCUCUGGCUCGUUGCCACCUUCUUCAUCUUCGUUGGUCUCUAUAUCCCAUUCUUCUACGUCGAGCAAUACGGCCUCAACAUCGGCAUGUCUCCAGACUUAUCUUUUUAUAUGCUGAUCAUAAUGAACGCGGGCUCAAUCCCUGGCCGUGUCAUGCCGUCCAUCAUCGCCGACAAGGUAGGUAACCUGUCGGUCAUGAUCCCCUCCGUUCUACUCACCGGUAUCAUGAUGCUCGCAUGGAACAGUGUGGGGUCUCAGUCAGCUCUAAUCGCUAUUUCGGUCCUUGUCGGCUUGACAAGCGGCUCUAUUCAGGCCGUACUUCCAGCGACGGUCGCCUUUCUUUGUCCCGAUCUGUCCAAACUGGGCACAAACAUUGGUAUGACCCUCUUUACGUCGGGUCUGGGAUUGUUGAUCGGUAGCCCUGUGGCGGGUGCGAUUUUGGAUCACCAACGAACGCCUGAGGGUGACAUCUUCUGGGGUACGCUGACCUUUUCAGGACUCUUCAUCCUGACGGGAGGUAUUUUCUUGAUAAUUGCUCGCGUAGUCAAGGUGGGAUUUGCAUUGAAGAAGGCUUGA